AGUGAAUUUAUUGGAAAUAAGAAAGCGGCCAUUGUCAGUCAAGGAGAGUCAUUGUUUGAUUCGAAGAAAACUGGAGGCGAGAAACGAAAACGCCAAGCAAAUUUUGAUGCAUCAGACAUAGAGGGCUAUACAGGACCAUGGGCGAAAUAUUGCGAUGAGCAAACUAUAGCUAAGCCUGAUCCAGAGCUGCAAAAAGAAAUGGAUGAGAUUGUCCGUAAGCGUCAAGCCAACAGCCGCCGGUUCAAGAGGAAACAACAACAACAGGAGAAUGAUAAUGCAGAGGAAUCAUCUGUUCUCCAUUUGAAAGAAGCCCAGGAUUAUCAGGGACGUUCCUUCCUUGUACCACCUGCUUUUACUGGAGUGAACCUGCGAGCGGACGCGGUGCCAGAAAAAUGUUUCAUACCCAAAAAACAGGUGCAUGUGUACAAAGGGCAUACCAAAGGAGUCAACUGUAUACAAUGGUUUCCGAAGAGCGCGCAUCUAUUCCUUUCCUGUUCCAUGGAUACAAAGAUCAAACUUUGGGAAGUUUAUGGAAAGCACCAGGUUGUGCGGACAUACAUCGGUCACAAGUUACCUGUGCGGGAAGUCACAUUCAAUAACGAAGGCACGGAGUUCUUAUCUGCAAGCUUUGACAGAUACGUCAAGCUGUGGGAUACAGAAACAGGCCAAGUCAAACAACGCUUUCACACUGGCCACAUUCCAUUCUGCGUCAAAUUCCAUCCUGAUGACGAUAAAAACUAUAUGUUCCUUGCCGGUAUGCAAAACAAAAAGAUUGUUCAGUGGGAUUCACGUACAGGAGAGAUUGUGCAGGAGUAUGACCGUCAUUUGGGAGCAGUCAAUUCCAUUACUUUCUUUGACAAAAACCGACGUUUCGCGUCAACUUCGGAUGAUAAAUCAAUUCGAAUUUGGGAGUGGGAAAUUCCGGUUGAUACCAAACUUAUACAGAACGUUGGUCUUCAUUCUAUACCAACGAUGAACAAAAGUCCGAACGAAAAGUGGGUUGUUGGGCAGUCUAUGGACAACCGCAUCGUAUUAUUCCAACUGAUAGACGAAAAACUGCGAUUUGCGAAGAAGAAAGCUUUUAGAGGGCACAACUCUGCAGGAUACGCUUGCGUAACUGAUUUCAGUCCUGAUAUGAGUUUCUUGAUAAGUGGAGAUGCUGACGGAAAACUUUUUAUCUGGGAUUGGAGAACGCACAAAAUUGUUGCCAGGUGGAAAGCCCAUGACAGCACCUGCAUAUCCGCACGAUGGCAUCCACAUGAGAAGAGUAAAAUACUCACAGCUGGAUGGGAUUGUGUAAUAAAAAUGUGGGCAUAGUU